UUUAUAAUUUUAUUUUUGUAAUCUUUAUCGUUUUAUGAACAUUUUCAAUUGGUGGUUGUUUAACUCUUAGUUAAAACUUUCACUUAUUCGAUUAUUUGAUUUUCUAGUUUGUAAUCCUCUUACCAUAGGUCUCACCAUUAUGAAAAAAAUACAACUAUUCCUAUCACCAAACAAAACCUUGGAUACGUUGCAACAAACUUAGAUCCAAACCUAACUCAAAUUAGGAACCGAAAAAGCGCUAACGCCGCCUUUUAAAACGCUUUUAGGGUUCCCCCUAGGCUUCUCUGUAUUAAAAAAGAGAAAAAAUCUGUUAUAGAAUUAGAACAUUCUCAAGGGUUUGGGGACUUUGGGCUUGUGGAGAAUCGGUUAACAAUGGCGGUGGAGGCGUCGAGAAUGACAGGGACAGUUUCCAAGUUCAAUAACCCAAAGGGCUACGGUUUCAUCAAACCUGAUGAUGGAUCCGAAGAUCUAUUCGUUCAUCAAUCGGAGAUCAAAUCUGAUGGCUACCGUUCCCUCUACGAAGGCCAGAAAGUGGAGUUCACCAUGACUGUGAAGGGAGAUAAGUAUCAGGCUAUUGAUGUCACUGGGCCUGAUGGUGCUCCUCUCGAUAGUGGCCGUAAUGGCAGGGGAAACAGUAACAGUCGCGGUGGUGGUGAUUCCGGUUUUGGUGGUGGUGGUGAGAGUGGUUAUCGGAGGAACGGCAAUGAUGGUGGAUAUCGUAGUGCUGGUGAGUGUUAUAACUGUGGUAGGACUGGACAUUUGGCUAGGGACUGUGAUCGCAACAGUGGAGGCGGUGGCAGAGGCGGGUGUUAUAACUGUGGUGUUGCUGGACAUUUAGCUCGGGAUUGUGACCGUAGUAGUGGUGGUGGAGGAGGAGCGAGUGGUGGUAGCUGUUACACUUGCGGCGGGUAUGGCCACAUGGCUCGAGAUUGCCCGAGUGCUGGACGUGUUGGCGGUCGUGGCGGUGGGGCUUGUUAUACAUGCGGUGCACAAGGACACUUGGCAAGAGACUGUCCCGGUGGGGGAGGUGGUGGUGGUAGUAAUUUUGGGAGAUCUGGUGGUGGUAGUGGAGGAAGCAAGUGUUACAACUGUGGAGAGGCAGGCCACUUUGCUAGGGAAUGCACUAGCCAAUGUGUGAACUGAUCAUGUAUAUGAUCUUCCUCUUUUUUCUCUCCAUCCUCUUAGUACUUAUUUUCUUUUCAGUGACAUGUUUUUCCAGUUGUUAUUUCAUUAGCUAUAUGAUCUGUUAAGUUUUUGGUUGAUGGAUUUAUAUACAAGUAUAUAAAAAAGCUAAAGGUUCAAUUCUUGCA